GUGUCUUGUCUGUGUUUGUGCGAGAGAGACGGCAGGAGUGUGUGAUGGAAACCAACUGCGGUGAGAAAGAGAAAAUAAGCCCGGGAUUUGUAGGAGAAAGUGCCGGCGCACAAGAGAAUGAAGAGAUUCUCAGGAAGAGAAUCUCAGGCCACCCUCUGUUCGGCCUUCUGAUUGAGAACCACCUGAACUGUUUGAAGGUGGGGUUAGGCGAAUUUGGAGAGGUUGGUAUAACAACUGAACCAGACAAAGCAGCUGACUCCAAACCCAACAUUAACGGCAUCAUUCAGAAUCCAUCCGACCUCGAUCACUUCAUGGAAGCAUACUGCAUGGCACUGAGCAACCUGAAAGAGGGCAUAGAGGAAGCGCAACAAGAAUCUGCAUCUUUCAUCAAGGCCACCUACCUUCAGCUUGGAGAGCUCACUCACACCAACCACCCUUAAAAUUCCCAGCCAUCUACUGUAUUAAC